AUGGCACGGAGCUCCUACCGGCGCCUGCCCUCCCGCCCCACCUCGCCGCCCGACGCCCCCGGCUCCUUCUCUUCCAGCCGCCUGGGCGAGGAGCCCGCGUCCCUGCGGCAGCAGAAGCUGGAGCUGCAGGACAGUGCCUCCAGGGCCUGUUCUCCUUUCCUGCCCCCUUCCCCCCACCCCCAGCGUCGCAUCUUUGAGAAGAAGCAGCGUCGGAAGCGCCAAGAGCCGCUCAUGGUCCAGGCCAACCCCGAUGCCAAGGUGACAGGCCACCGGGGCCGCCGGCCCGAGGAGCGCACCCCCCUGAUGGAGUCCUGCAGCGACCACAGCCUCUGCAACGGUAACGGGGGGGGGGCAGAUCCUCGGUGCGGGGCCAGUCCCUGGUGGGACCCCCCCCCCGGCUCCGCCCGCUCCGUCACUCUGUGCCUCCCCCAUCCAGGUGCCUCCGACGCGGAGCUGGAAGAGGCCGUCCUGGAGGACACGCGGCCCAUCAACAAGGCCAAGGCGGCGCCCAGCUCCACGCGCAAGGGUUGGCCGGCCAAGCGUAGCGGGGCCGGCCAUGCCGACGCACGACGCCCCCGGAGCUCGAAGCCGAAUGCCCCAUCGCUUGCGCGAGGGGAGCGAGUCCCCUCUGUCAUCGUGGAGUUCAGAGACCCUCAGGACAGCAGCGACGGGGACACCCCCCUGGAGGCCGGCGCUGCGGGCUGGGAGUCAGCCCUGGAGGGGGACUCGGAGGGGGAGGGGCAACUGCCCCAGGACCCCCCCGUGCCCCCCUCCCCCGUCAAGAGAAGACAGGACAGGAAGCUCCCCAACAGAGGGUCUCUCGGCAGCCCCCCCGGGAGCGCCGAGGAGGAGGAAGGAGACCCCGACAUCCUCUGCAGAUCCCUGGAGCCCGCACCAGAGGCCGACACCUCCAGCCUGCCGGAGGAAGCGCCGGGGACCCCGUGGCUUCCGCGGCCGGAGGAGCUGGAGGGGUUCGUGCUGCGCCCGGCGCCCCCCGGGGUGACCGUCCGGUGCCGCAUCAGCCGGGACCGCAAGGGGGUGGACAAGGGCGUCUUCCCCUUCUACUACCUCCACCUGGAGAGAGACGAUGGGAGGAAGCUGUUUCUCAUGUCUGGCCGGAAGAGAAAGAAAAGCAAAACCUCCAAUUACCUCAUUUCCCUCGACCCCAUCGACCUGUCCCGGGAUGGGGACGGCUUCAUCGGGAAAGUCAGGUCCAACGUGCUGGGCACCAGGUUCACAGUGUUCGAUAACGGGACGAAUCCGGAUAAAAAACCCUUCGUCCCUGAAACGGCUCCGAUCCGGCAGGAGCUGGCGGCCAUUUGCUACGAGACCAAUGUGUUGGGGUUCAGGGGACCCCGAAAAAUGACUGUGAUUAUCCCCGGCAUGAACACGGACAACGAGAGAAUCAGCAUCCGCCCGAAAAACGUGAGGCUGCUGGGGAACACUGCCGAGUACAUCGUGCUGCAGUUUGGCCGGGUGGCGCCCGACGUCUUCACCAUGGACUAUCGCGCCCCCCUCUGCGCCCUGCAGGCCUUCGCCAUCUGCCUGUCCAGCUUCGACGGGAAACUCGCCUGCGAGUAGCCCCCGCCCCCUCCGACCUCACGACCUCAGUCAUGACCUCUGACCCCACAACCUUGGAAUGACCCCACAACCUCCGACCCUGCGACCUCUGACCUAUGCUGACCUACUCUGAGUGGCUGGUUCCUCUCUGACCCACCCCUUCCCCUGUUGACGGGGCCUUGUCACCCUUGACCUCUGAUUCCUUGACUUUACCCUUUGACCUCUCACUACUCUGACCUCUGGCAUUUUUAAUGUCGUUUUUGACCUUUGACCUCCCCAUCUUGGCCUCUCGCCUCUUUGGGCCUAGCUCAUCCUUGACCUAUGACCCCUGACUUUCCUUGUGGCCCUCUGACUUCAUCCUUGGCCUGUGGUCUAUUUGACCCUUGACCUCUGACCCUUCCCUUUGCCCUUGACCUCUGACCCUUCAUCCUCACCUUUCCCCUCUGGCCCUGAACCAUUUCACCUCUUUCGAAGACGUUGCCGUGACAGCAGCUGCAGCCGCCAUCUUGAUUGAUUCAAUGUCCCCCGCCCCCAAAGAAGGGGGGUCAGGGCUGUUCUGGGGGACCCCCCCCAAUCCACGGACUUUGAAGUGCUCCUCACCCCCGAGAGUGUAACAGAUUCUUGAUCCAAAUAAAAUCUACC